AGCUUCAUCCACUCCAUUGCUCUUUUUCCCUCACAGAGUCCAGCCCAUAAUAAAGCAGUUUAGAACCAUGAAGCGGAUAACAUGCAUAUUUUGCCUUUUCUGGGCAAAUUUUGCUGAAGCAGAAUCCUUGACAGAAAGACAUCAGAUAUUAUUAGAAAGAUUUACAUUGCUCACCCAUGGAGGACCAUUUCCUGAAUUCACAUAUCUUGCAUUGAUUGCGCAGAAUGUGCAAAGAGCCACAUAUGAAGAGGUGAUGAAAAUUACAAAUGGUAUUACUGAACUUUCAAAGAAAUGUAUUCCCAGUGAUCAAGCAGAUCCAGAAUGUGCAAAGCCCUUGGAAACUGUUCUCUUUGAUAACAUUUGCAAUGAGCAAGGACUUGAUGACAAAUAUGGAUUUACUGAAUGCUGUGGCAAAGUCGAUGAAGAAAGAAAAGAAUGUUUUAUAUCCCAUAAAAAUGCAACCCUGGGAUUCCUUCCUCCCUUUGAAGAACUAACACCAGAAGAGCACUGCAAAGCUUUUCAAGAAGAUCCCACUGAAGCAAUGAGACACUAUCUCUAUGCAAUUGCCAGAAGAAAUCCUUUUACAAGUGUUUUCAUCCCCUUUACUAUUGUUCAGGACCUUAAGGAUGCAUUGACAGACCGCUGCCAGGAAGGCAAACAAAUUUCAUGUUUUGAUGAAAAGAUCUCAAAUAUCAGAAAGGAACUGUUGACAGCCAUUCAUCUGGAGAAGCACUCCUGUCAUAUCCUGAAGACCUUUAGGAAAAGAGCUAUCAUGGCAUUAAAAUUUGUUCAGCUCAGCCAGAAGUUUCCAAAGGCUGAAGUUCUUACCAUUGACAAACUGGCUGAAGACAUUGCACGUAGUCAAGAGAAGUGCUGCAAAGGUGACACACUGGAAUGCUUCCUUGAAAGGGCAAAUGUGACAUCCUACAUCUGUAGCCAUCAAGAUACUUUAUCCUCUAAAUUGGAAGUCUGCUGCCAAAAGCCAUUUUUGGAACAAAAUGCAUGUAUUAUGAGUAUGGAAAAUGAUGAAAAACCAGCAGAUUUGUCUCCAGAUCUCAGAGAGUUCAUGGACAAGGAAGACCAGUGUCCACGCUAUGCUGAGAAUCAAAACCCUCUCCUGGCAGAGCUUGUUUAUGAGUAUGCCAGGAGACACCCUGAAUUUUCUGCACAGCUGAUUCUGAGGCUUGGCGAAGAGUAUGAAGAAUUGUUGGAAAAGUGCUGCAAAACUGAAAAGCCCAAGGAAUGCCUCAUCCAAUGGGAAGAGUUCAUCCAAAAGCACACUGCUGAUACCCUAGAAGCAAUGAAACAAACCUGUGAGAGAACAGACGAUUCUGCCUUCCACAAUGAGCUUCUUGUCCGCUAUGCCAAGAAAGCACCACAGCUCUCUUUUGAGGAGCUCUAUGAAUAUAACAAGGGAUUCAUAGAUGCUGCUGCCAAAUGCUGCAAGAAGGAUGAGGCUUAUAAACAGAUAUGUAUUGACAGAUAUACAAAUCUAGUGGCAGGCGAUAUAUGUCAGCGACAUGAAGAGCAUCCCAUCAACAGAAAGUUUGGCCAGUGCUGUGAGGACUCCUACAUUAAUCGUCAGGAGUGCUUUAUUGGUUUAGGAAUAGAUGAAGAAUAUGUUCCUCUCCCAUUUGAUCCUGAAUUGUUCGCCUUUCAUGGAGAUUUCUGCUUAGCCAACACAGAUCAGCAAGUAAAGCAACAAAGGCUACUUGUCAACUUAAUUAAACACAAACCCACCAUCACAGAUGAACAACUUCAAGUUGUGGUCAAAGAAUUCUUAGACAUGGUGACAAAAUGCUGUGAAGCUGACAACCAUGAGGAAUGUUUUUCAGCAGAGGGUCCAAAACUAAUUGAGAUGACUAGAGCCAGCCUUGGAGAGAACUAAAGUGAAUUCAUACAGAUAUAUUAUUCAUUUUAAGGACUACAGUGGAAAAUCUCCUCUAAAAGAAUCUUGCCAAGAUGACUGCAAGUUGGAGUCAACUUAAAGACAAACAUCAUCAACAUUUUAUUAAUAGCCAAAUAUAACACUGUGACAAGUAUAUGCUUUCAGAUUAAGAUUAAAGACUUUAACCCAAAUGUUCGAUCAGAAUUCAGCAAUUCAGUUUAUUAGAGCUAAGAAUUAUGUGCUGUAUUUCUGUACUUGUUUGUAUUAGCAGUGGAAAAACCAAUGUGCUAUCAAUUUUUCAAUUUAUAUAGAAGUUCCACCUAGGUUCCAGGAUGAUGUGGAAUAAAUUAGUCUGAAAGGUG